AUGAACCGUGCGCUUAUCGACGAGGCGCUGGAGCAGGCGAAAGUUCUGGGCAUAAGAAAUAUUCUGGCGCUGCGGGGCGAUGCGCCACGCAGUGAGGAGUACAGAGAUGAGGGGCAAACGCCAGAGCAAGACUCGAAUCGCGACUUUACGUGGGCUGUUGAUCUGGUCCGAUAUAUCCGGAAGCAGUAUGGCGACUACUUCUGCAUUGGUGUUGCGGCGUACCCGGAGGGCCAUUCCGAUGAGAGUCAUCCAGAACACCAGGACCCGGCGCGCGAUCUGCCGUCCCUGGUUGAGAAGACAAAGGCUGGGGCAGACUUCCUCAUGACCCAACUUUUCUUCGAUGUGGAGGCAUACGACAAGUUCGAGACGAUGCUGCGGAACCAUGAAAGUGGCGCUUUCAAGACGAUACCGAUCAUUCCAGGAUUGAUGCCGAUUCAAUCGUAUAAGAUCCUGCUGCGAACAACGAAGCUCUCGCACGCGAGACUUCCAUCGGAUAUACUGGCGCGGCUAGAUGCGGUCAAGAGUGACGACGAGCUUGUCAAGCAAGUGGGUGUCCAGAUUCUAGAUGAGAUGGUAGAGCACAUCAAGUCCAGGCCGGAUGUCGGCCAAGAGAGGGAAAAUAUGGGGGAUGAGGACGGCGUCAUUGUCGAGACCACGCCCGCGAUCAACCUCGAACCUCCGCAGAACAUGCUGCUUGCUCGCGAGCGCCGUCGUCGCUCAUCCGUCACAUCUGGGACCCGCAACAGAGUGAUAAUAUCACAUCCGUCCGCCACGAAAUCGAACCAUUCGUACGAAGCAACAGAAGAGGAGGCUGGUAUUCUCCGGGGUCCUAUAAAUACGCGCGCGAGUACGCUGGCCAUCUCCGAAGGCGAAGGCUCAUUGGGCAGAGAAGCGACAUGGGAUGACUUCCCGAACGGCCGCUGGGGAGAUGCACGAUCACCCGCGUUCGGUGAAAUCGAUGGAUACGGUCCGACCCUUCACGUCUCGACAACUCAAGCACUCAAACUCUGGGGCCAUCCGGUUGACAAGCAGGACAUUUCUGCGCUGUUCAGAAAACAUCUUGAAGGAGAAUUGGAAGCAUUACCGUGGUCCGAACAAGGCCUCUCCCCCGAAACAAGUACAAUCGCCAAGCAACUUCUUGCCCUCAACGCAAAGGGCUGGUGGACAGUAGCGUCGCAACCCGCCGUCAACGGCGUCCGCUCCACCGACCCCGUCUUUGGCUGGGGCCCUAAGAACGGCUACGUCUUCCAGAAGCCCUUUGUCGAAUUUUUCCUGCCCGCCGCUGAAUUCCAUGCCCUGAGAACCCGCCUCGACGCGCACGAUCAAGUCACAUACUUCGCCGGCAAUGCCAACGGCGACUUUGAAGCUAGCAGUGAAGAGAGCGUCAACCCGGUUACGUGGGGCACCUUUGCGGGCAAGGAGAUUGUCACGCCGACUAUCAUCGAGGCGGUAAGCUUUAGGAGUUGGUUGGAAGAGGCGUUUAGUAUUUGGCGUGAGUGGCAGCGCAUCUAUCCCACGAAGAGCGCGAGCGGCAAGUUGUUAGGGCAGACGAGGGAGGAUGUCUGGCUGGUUAAUGUCAUUUGGGGGGAUUUCGUGCAGGGCGAUGGGUUGUGGGAGUUUCUGGGUGCGUAG